AUGUCAGCUACCACACAUCCAACGUUUGACAACGCGACCUUCACCCUCCCGGUUGCGGGGACGACGCUGGUGCUGCGACCGGUGCAGCUCGCGGAUGCGCCCAAUUUGCGCGAUCGGUGCGCGGACCCUCUCAACGUGCGCUUCCUCCCGCAUCUGCAAGGCAAGGAGAACCAGACAGUGGCCGAGGUCGAAGCGUGGAUCAAGACCGUCCAAGCAGGGUGGAACAAGGACAGCCUGUUCCUCGUCAUCAUCGACACCGCCGACGAAGGGAGAGUGAUCGGCGAAGGCCCACUGGGGUAUAUCAACUGGGAGAAGAAGGAGUGCGAGAGCGGGAUCAUGAUCGAUCAUCAGCUCGCAGGGAGAGGGAUUGCCACUCAAGCGCUCAAUGCAAGCAUGGACUUCGCCUUCAAAGAGCUCGGGCUGGAGAAGGUCAAGUAUGGGACCAUGCAGGAGAACAAGGGCAUGGUCAAAGUGCUCAGCGAGAAACUGAGGGUUAAAGGCAGGCCAGAAGGGAGAGCGAGGAAGGACGGGUUGGAGGAGUUCAACUUUGUUUUCACUAGGGAGGAGUGGCUGGCUGCGUGCAAGUGA